UUCUGGCUUUUAUCAUCUGCAACACCACAAUAGACAGUGGAGGAGCGAGAAAGAGAGAGAGAAAGAAAAAGAGAGCGAUUGAAGGACACGAAUUGAUCUACUCAAUCACCAGCUUGAUCUGUCCCUUGAAAGAAUUGUGACAUACAUGCCAACAAAUAGUGUUGUGGGAUAAUGGCUAUUGAAGCUUCUACUGAACCAAACAUAGUCAAUGAUUUUGAUGACGAUGACGAUGGUCCAGUAGUUUUCAAAAGGAGUAACACAGCUGCUAAGCAAAAUCAAGUGAAUCCUGAAGGAAAAAGACCAUCAUCAUCCACAGCAAAUGGUCAAAAUGCCAAUGUUCAAAAGGGUAAGACUACAGUUUCGUCUUCCAAGGCAUCACCUUUGAGAUCUCCUCCUCCAAGUCUAAAAGCAUCAUCUUCAUCUGCCAAGGGAUCACCAGUGAAGUCACCUGUGCCUAAUUCAAAAACACCAAGUCCAUUAGAUGAUAGGUUAAAACAAUCACCACGGACAAAUGCAUCAAUUUCUGUGAAGAAGGAAGAUGAUUCAGUUAGUAAUGGUGUCAAAAAUGAUGAUGAGGAUUCUGAUGACGACAAACCCUUGAGUGCUAGACUUAAGGGAAACAACAGCAAUGCCAAUAGAGGGCUCAAUGCUCCUAAAGCCGAUGCUUCACCAAUUUCUAAGGUUGAAGUUAAAAGUGCUCCUGAUGAUUCUGAUGAUGAAGUUCCAUUAUCUUCGAGGUUCUCAAAGUCCUAUACCGGAGCAUCAGGUGAAAAGCCUAUUGAUCGCGAUAUAAAGAAACCACUGACUGCAAAACCUCUGCAAAAUGGUUUGACCACAUUUGACAAGCAGCAAAAGUCUUCCUCAGUGUCAAACAAGAGACCCUUAGAUAAUGUGGGUUCAUCGGCUACAUCAUCAGUGAAAAAGCCAAAGGUUUUGAAUACUUCUACAGAAACGAAAGUUAAACAAGUAAUGGUUAAAGAACAGAAAGCAGAUGACGACGACCAUAUUCCUAUAGCCCAGAGAAUGAAGAAAUCAAUAUCAUCUGAUAAAAAAGUAGUUCCUACAAUGACGAAAAAAUUAACAAAAGCUGUUUCUUCUUCGUCAAAUAAAAUUAACAAGAAGUCCAAGAAAAUAAUGAAAAAUUCAAAAUAUUCAAAAUCAACCAAAAUGCUUCCUAGCUCUGGUGAUGGGCAAAAAAAAUGGACUACUCUGGUCCAUAAUGGUGUUAUUUUUCCUCCUCCAUACACACCUCAUAGGGUUAAGAUGCUCUACAAGGGGAAACCAGUUGACCUGACUCCUGAACAGGAAGAGGUUGCAACAAUGUAUGCAGUGAUGCUAGAAACAGAUUACAUGCAGAAACCAAAAUUCAAAGAGAACUUUUGGACUGAUUGGCGUAAAUUGCUGGGGAAAAACCAUGUAAUUCAGAAUUUGGCGGAUUGUGAUUUUAAGCCAAUAUAUGAUUGGCAUCAGGAGCAGAAGGAGAUUAAGAAACAGAUGAGUUCUGAAGAGAAGAAGGCCUUGAAAGAAGAGAAAUUGAAACAAGAGGAGAAGUAUAUGUGGGCUGUAGUUGAUGGUGUCAAAGAGAAGGUUGGGAAUUUCAGAGUUGAACCACCUGGGCUGUUUCGAGGCAGGGGAGAGCAUCCAAAGAUGGGGAAGCUGAAAAAACGAAUCCGUCCGAGUGACAUUACCAUAAAUAUUGGGGAGGAUGCCCCAAUUCCCGAAUGUCCAAUCCCUCGUGAAAGCUGGAAGGAAGUAAAGCAUGAUAACACUGUUACAUGGUUAGCUUUCUGGAAUGAUCCAAUUAAUCCUAAGGAAUUCAAGUAUGUGUUCCUGGCUGCUAGCAGUUCCUUGAAGGGGCAAAGUGACAAAGAGAAAUAUGAGAAAGCAAGAAAGCUGAAGGACUAUAUUGAGAGCAUUAGGGCAUCAUACACAAAGGAUUUUACUAGCAAAGAUGUUGCAAGGAGGCAAAUAGCAGUUGCAACCUAUCUUAUUGAUAAACUAGCUCUUAGGGCGGGUAAUGAGAAGGAUGAUGAUGAAGCUGAUACUGUUGGUUGCUGUACAUUGAAAGUGGGGAAUGUAGAGUGUAUCCCACCAAAUAAGUUAAAGUUUGAUUUCCUUGGUAAAGAUUCAAUUCAAUAUGUAAACACAGUUGAAGUCGAGCUUCCUGUGUACAAGGCAAUUGGGCAGUUUCAAACUAGAAAGAAGCAAAAUGAUGAUCUUUUUGACAAGUUGGAUACAGCUAAACUUAAUGCUCAUCUGAAGGAACUCAUGCCUGGCCUGACAGCAAAAGUUUUCCGUACAUAUAAUGCCUCGAUCACAUUGGAUGAGAUGUUGAGUAAGGAAACUAAAGAAGGUGAUGUUGCGGAAAAGAUUGUUGUUUAUAACAGUGCAAACAAAGAGGUUGCAAUUAUUUGUAAUCAUCAGCGGUCUGUUUCAAAAUCACAUGGUGCGCAGAUGACAAGGUUGACCGAGAAAAUAGAAGAGCUCAAGGGUGUUCUGAAGGACCUGAAAAUCGAUUUGGACAGGGCUAGAAAAGGGAAGCCCCCAUUGAAGGAUGCUGAUGGAAAGCGAAAGAGGAACCUGACCCCUGAAGCGAUAGAGAGGAAGAUAGCUCAAACCAAUGUGAAAGUUGAAAAAAUGGAACGAGAUAUGCAGACCAAAGAGGAUUUAAAAACUGUGGCAUUGGGCACAUCCAAGAUCAAUUACCUUGACCCGAGGAUAACAGUCGCAUGGUGCAAGCGACAUGAAGUUCCUAUCGAGAAGAUAUUCAACAAGUCACUUCUGGCUAAGUUUGCCUGGGCAAUGGAUGUAGACCCCGCGUUCAGAUUCUGAUAUUUCAAAGCGACGCUUGCCUCUUCACAGUCUCCUGGCCCACCCAAAGAACCAAAAAAGAAAACAAAAGUCAGCUUCUCACCACCUUCUUCACUUUCCCAUUACAGUAAUUCAAUUUUUUUUCGAUCGCUGGAAAAUUCUUGUUGUAUGUUCAUCUAAUCUAAUUCUGAGUUAAUAGUUCUUCCUUUAUAGACUAUUUACUGAAACUGUUAUAAACUUUCUAACACCUGCUACUAACAGUAAAUGUGAAAAAUACAUUUUAAAGUGCUGAAAACAAAAUCUUCUGUGUUUUCUUCAA